ACCACCACCUCCACCACCUCCACCACCUCCACUACCUCCACCACCACCACCACCACCUCCACCAUCACCUCCACCACCACCUCCACCACCACCACCACCAAUGUCGCCGACUGCUGGCUCCUUCGUGGUGUGGGACUACCUGGUGUUCGCGGCCAUGCUGCUCAUCUCGGCGUCGAUCGGAGUCUACUACGCCGUUGUAGCCCGUGGCCAGCAGAGCACGGAGGAGUUCCUGACGGGCGGACGGCAGAUGGGAGCCUUGCCCGUGGCGUUGUCUCUCACCGCGAGUUUCAUGUCGGCCGUGACGGUGCUGGGCACACCGGCCGAGGUCUACUGCUACGGGGCGAUGUUCUGGAUUUUCGGAUUGACCUACGGCGUGGUGGUGGUGGUCACUGCCGAGGUUUAUCUGCCCGUCUUCUAUCGUCUGGGCAUCACCAGCACCAACGAGUACCUGGAGAAGCGCUUCAACAAGACCGUGAGACUCGCGGGCACCUUCAUCUACAUCAUCCAGACGACGCUGUACACGGGCAUCGUGAUCUUCGCUCCGGCUCUGGCCCUCAAUCAAGUGACGGGGUUCGACCUGUGGGGUGCCGUGGUGUCGACCGGCAUCAUUUGCACUUUCUACUGCACCAUGGGAGGCCUUAAGGCCGUAGUUUGGACCGACGUCUUCCAGGUGGGAAUCAUGGUGGCCGGUUUCGCGUCGGUCAUCGUGCGCGGAGUCGUCGUGGUGGGCGACCUGAGUCACGUGUUCAACGUCUCCUCCGAGGGCGGCCGUCUCAACCUCCUCGAUUUCGACCCGGACCCACGGCGUCGCCACACGUUCUGGACGAUCAUCGUGGGCGGAACGUUCACCUGGGCGGGCAUCUACGGCGUCAACCAGUCCCAGGUGCAGCGCUACAUCUCCUGCCGCAGCCUGCGACAAGCAAAGCUGUCUCUGUAUUACAACCUGCUCGGCCUGUGGCUCAUCCUGUCGUGUGCCGUGCUCUCCGGCCUCAUCAUGUUCACCAUCUACCACGACUGCGACCCCUGGACCGCCGGCAUCGUCGGUGCUUCUGACCAGCUCAUCCCCUACUUGACCCUCGACAUCCUGCGGGAUUUCCCUGGCGUCCCAGGCCUCUUCGUGGCCUGCGCCUACAGCGGAACGCUCAGCACGGUCUCCUCCAGCAUCAACGCUCUGGCCGCCGUGACGGUGGAGGACCUCGUGAGGCCGUGCUGCCCGGGCCUCGACCCACGCACCCUCUCGCGCCUCUCCAUGGCCGCCAGCCUCCUCUACGGCGUUGUGUGCAUCGCCAUGGCGGUGUUGGCGUCUGUCAUGGGCAGCCUCCUACAGGCGGCGCUCAGCAUAUUCGGCAUGAUGGGGGGUCCCCUGCUGGGCCUCUACACGCUUGGAAUGGUGUUCCCCUACGCCAACUCCAGCGGCGCCCUCGUGGGUCUGGCUCUGGGCUUCGGCCUCUCGCUGUGGCUGGGGGUCGGGGCCCAGGUCUACCCGCCGCUGGCCCACAGGACGAUGCCCCUCGCGCUCUCCACGGCGGGAUGCCGCCUCCUGAACGCGACGAUGAGCAACAGCAGCAGCAGCAGCGGCGCACACGACUCGUACUCCUCGCCUGCUGAUCAUGGCAGGCCCGCUCUGGCUGACACGUGGUACUCGCUCUCCUACCUCUACUUCAGCGCUGUGGGGACCGUGGCGGUCGUCGCGCUCGGCCUUCUGGGAAGCUUCCUCUUCGCGGGACGAGAGAAGGGUGUUGCACGCGACCCGACGCUCUUCGUGUGGGCGAGCGACUCGUCGUGCGGCCGGGCCUGCCCCCUGCUGCCCUUCUCGUCGGGCAGCAACGGCGGCAAGGAGGAGGGGGAGGACGCUGCCACCCACAGGCUGGAGGUCGCUGCUGCUGCUGCCACCGCUGGCUGGGAUGGAUCUCUGGCCGGGAUGGAGAACGGCAGCUACGUGGCGGACAAAGUGGGCCAAGGCGACCCCACGCCACUCCCGAGCAAGAGCACGCGCCUCUGACGCGCCUGUGACGUGGCCUGUGACGUAGCCUCUGACGUACUCUGUGACGUAGCCUCUGACGCGCCUCUGACGCGCCUGUGACGUAGUCUGUGACGUAGUCUGUGACGUAGUCUGUGACGUAGUCUGUGACGUGGCCUCUGACGCGCCUCUGACGCGCCUCUGACGCGCCUCUGACGCGCCUGUGACGUAGUCUGUGACGUAGCCUGUGACGUAGCCUCUGACGCGCCUCUGACGCGCCUCUGACGCGCCUGUGAUGUAGCCUGUGACGUAUUCUGUGACGUAGCCUGUGACGUGGCCUGUGACGCGCCGGGGGCCCAAGGGGGGUGCGGAUUCGCCCAUCGGAUUUUUCAAUUUUUGUGACAUUCGCAAGACGUCGUGUUACCGCCGGUGACGGCGGUAAUAAACCACCCAUUGGAACGCC